AUGAGCGUCGUCGCGCUCCAACCACCUCCUGCGGCACCGCACCCAGCGGUCGAGCCCAAGAGCUGUCUUGAUUCCCUUCUCUCCCGCCAUCUGGCCUCUACUCCUCGUCUCUAUCCACCUCUCAGCAGAAAUGAAUCUCCUCUUGGUCAUCCUCUCUACGUCUCGAAUACUCCAGAUCCGCCGAGUAAUAGUAUUUUUGGGACCAGUACCCCGACCUCGGCGACUGUUCCAAGCAGCGACCUCAGCAAUACUCCAGCUAGCGCUACUUCAACCGGCACUCCAAAUUCUACUCCAAAUGGCAGCGAAGGCACUCCCCCAACGAGGACUCCUACACGCACUUCGUUAGCCACCCCGAUUCACACUCUACUCAGCACUGUUAUCAGCAAUGCCCCGAUAGGUGGUCAAACCGAUGGUCUGACGGCUACUCCCACGGCCUCUCCAGCGCCUCCUUCAGAUGGUCCAGGUUUAUCCCCCGCCGUCAUCGCAACCAUUGUCGUCUCUACUGUGACGGUAAUCGGCGUGCCCUUGUGGCUGAUACGAUGCUACCGAUGGCGCAAAUCACGAGCGACGUCUCCCGUGGAAGGAAACGCCCCGCCAAAACGCAACGAGUCUGUUGUCAUGGGGUAUACUGAGCUACUAGGUUCGACGCAGAUGAGGCACGAAAUGCUGUCACACACGCCGCCAAACGCCCCAUUGCCGCUGUACAUUAACACGAUAGCCGAGAUUGAUUCAGACCCCCUCCGAAAGACACCAGAAGUGUCUCCCGAGGACGUAUCUCCGGAGGAUGCCAUCAGCCAAGCAAUGUCGUUCAGUACAACGACGGCCGUCUCUCGUCCAGAGCCGCCGCAAGCCGCGGACGAGGAAGAGGCCCAUACAGAGGCGGCCGAGGACUCUUCAGGGGCCGCAGCGGAUGCGGAGGCAGAGCUAGAAAUGCUUCGGAACAGACAAAAGGAGCUGGAAAGGAAGAGGCAAUACCUUCAAAAAAUUCAGGAGAUUGACGAGGAGGAGGCGCGGCUUCAGGAACGGAUUGACGAGCUGCAGCAGCAAUAUCAACCGCCUGAGAAAUAA